GACCAUAUAUACAAUACAUCCCUCGGGGAAAUUUUGGGGCCCUUCAAAGUUGUCAAUACCACUCUGCGUGACACAUACUACUCCCAAUGCCAACCACGAACGGACACGCACACCCUAAUGAAGGAGAAAGGAAGCCGAUAUUGAUCAUUGUGAUGGGAGUAGCGGGCACGGGAAAGACCACACUUGCGAAAGCUCUGAACAAAGUACUCGAUCUGCCAUACAUCGAAGGGGACGACCUCCAUCCAAAAUCUAACGUCGAGAAGAUGUCCAACGGCCAACCUCUAACCGAUGAAGAUCGUGAACCAUGGCUAGCCCUCAUCCGUACCACAGCAGAACAUAAGAUCGCAGAACAACAAGCCGACCCAUCGUUUACACAGCGGAAAGGCGUUAUGGUGACAUCGUCUGCGCUCAAGCGAUAUUAUCGGGACAUUCUUCGGGGGAAACGAAAAGUCGGGGCGACUGAGGACGUGCCGGAACCUUUGUUGCCCAGUGAGGCUGAGACGCUUCCGACGUAUUUUGUGUAUAUCAAGGAAGAGGAGAAGGUGUUGAGGGAUCGGAUAGCGAAGAGGGAAGGUCAUUUUAUGAAGCCGAGUAUGCUGGAUAGUCAAUUGGCGACAUUGGAGAGUCCGGAAGGCGAGGAAGGCGUUGUCGUGGUUCCAUUGGAUGCUACGACAGAGGAACAAGUCCAGAAGGCAUUAGAGGGAUUGAGCGCAUUGGUGGGACCGUUAUAGAAGUGAUUCUCGAGGCAUUGUAUCAAUUAUUCAUAUCUUAUUCACCAAUUGCCCGGGUCUAUUUUGUAGUACGAUUGGUAUCACUAGAUAAACAGUGGAAUACACAUAGAUGAGCUUU